AUGGGCAGUUCACAUAGCAAGUCUUACAGAUUCGCAGAGGAUAUACGGAAACCAACCGUAGGGACUACCAGGUUGUCAGCAGAUGAGCCAUCGACCAAUAAACACCAUCACCACGGGUUUGAUGCAGACCGAGAUGCCAAGAAAAUACAUAGCGCCUGCAAAGGAGCGGGAACCGAUGAAAAGAAAAUUAUUGAAGUCUUCUCGAGUCGAACAUCGGAGCAGAGACAACAAAUAAAACAGAAGUACAAGGCUCUGUAUAACAAGGAUUUGGAAGAGGACCUGAAGGGAGACCUGAGUGGGAAUUUUGAAAAGGUUGUGUUGGCUCUGCUGGACCUACCCUGCGAGUACGAGGCCCGAGAGCUUCGUAAGGCGAUGAAGGGUGCUGGGACGGAUGAGUCGCUGCUGAUUGAGAUUCUCUGCACACGAAACAACAAGGAAAUUGUAAACAUAAAGGAGGCAUACAAGCGACUCUUUGAUAGGGAUCUAGAGUCUGAUGUUAAAAGUGACACAAGUGGCUCCCUACAGAAGAUAUUAGUGACUGUGCUAGAGGCAACCCGAGAUGAGACCCAACAGGUCAACGCAGAGCUCGCUGAGCAAGAUGCCACAGAUCUCUAUAAAGCAGGAGAAGGCCGCUGGGGAACAGAGGAGCUGGCUUUCAAUGUGGUCUUAGCAAAGAGAAGUUACAGUCAGCUGAGAGCUACUUUUCAAGCCUAUGAAAAGGUGUGUGGGAAGGACAUAGAAGAAUCCAUUAAAAGCGAAACAUCUGGAGAUCUGGAGAAGGCUUAUCUCACUCUUGUCAGCUGUGCUAAAGACUGCCCAGGUUACUUUGCCACACUUCUGAACAAGUCAAUGGAAGGAGCUGGAACUGAUGAAGAGACCUUGAUUCGCAUCCUUGUGACCAGAGCUGAGAGUGACCUGCCAGCAAUAAAAGAGAAGUUCCAGCAAAAGUACAAGAAGUCAUUAGCUGAAGCUGUCCGAUCUGAUACCUCUGGGGACUUCAGAAGGUUGCUGCUGGCUCUUUUGCAGUAA